AAGGACCCGAAUAAUCUGCGUAUUGUAUUUUCGUUGCUGAUUCCCGUUAACGUGUGAAGAUUUUCCGUUAAAAAUGCCAAAGAAAUCCAGCAAGGUUCAAUGGAACGGAAGAAUUCCCGCCACGCAAAACGUGCAGAGUAAACACUAUUUCGAUCACGACAAUCGCACAAUUCGUCCGGACUCUGCAAGACCUCGAGUGUCGUUCAAAUCACAAGGUAGACACGGACCGGAUCGAGGAAGAAACCUGGAAGCUGGGUUAAAAAAUUACUUGGGCGAAGAUAUCUCAAUGACCGUAGGGGCGAGCAAUGGAUCUAGGCAAGUCUUGGUCAGGGGUAAAAUUGGUAGGAGGAUGCCCUGGGGUAGAAUCAGUCCAUUUCCUCAACGCGGUCGGAGAGACGUAAGGCAGGGGCCCCAACGUCGGCCUCCAAUGUUCGCCGACUCCAACUGGUUCAAAGUUACGAUACCGUAUGGACACAAGUACCAGAAAGACUUUGUAGUGAAAAGCCUGAACAGUUAUAUAUCACCCGAUACCUUCGUACCGAUAAUGUACAAAGUCUUGCGAAAUGAAGCAGUGUUCUACGUUGACGACCCAAAAACUGCUGACAAAUUGUACGACUGCGAUCGUAAGAUAACUACCAAUGAUGGAUUCAAGAUUCAAGUAAGGGUAAAACCUGGUUUUCCCCAAGUUGAAAUUGAUGAGACGCUUAGAGAAAGAAUGAAACUUGCCAUGGCCAAAAGAUACGUGCAGGAAACCAACGCUCUAGAUCUUUCCAAAUUUCAUCAAGAUCCUGACCUAGUGACGGACUACUUUUGCGCCUUAUUCAGGCCACUGAUGUUGGCCGCAGUGAUCGACAUUGUCGCCGAGCACAUACCCAACUUGGAAGCAUUAAACUUAGAUGGUAACAAACUGGCAGUUAUCGAGCGGCUAAAUAUUUUGACCAAAAAGUUACCAAAACUCAAAAUUUUAUACAUCGGUGAGAACCGGAUACAAGAAGUCAGUCAUUUGGAUGUAAUAAAGGACCUAAAACUGGAGGAACUGAGACUUGCUGGCAAUCCCGUUUGCGCAAAGUACAAAGAUCGUCAAGCUGCAUAUUUCAGUGACGUGCGAAAGAGGUUCCCGAGGCUUCUGAAACUGGAUGGAAUUGUACUCCCACCGCCUAUUCUAUUCGACGUCGCCGACGAGGCAGCCAUUUUACCACCUACGAAAAGAAUGUACAUCAGUAACACAAACGCGCAAGCAAUUGCUGGCCAAUUUCUGCAGCAGUAUUUCAUGAUAUUCGACAGCGAUAAUCGUCAGCCACUGCUGGAGGCGUAUCAUGAACAGGCUUCCUUCAGUAUGACUGCUUCUUAUGGAAGCAAUGAGAAAAAACCGGAUAACUACUUAUGUGAGAACAGAAAUCUAUUCCGCCUUAACGACAUGGAGAGAAAACGGAAGCUAUUAAAGCAAGGCAGACUUCCCGUCGUCUCCUUCAUAUCAGAAAUUCCUAAGACGAAGCAUGACCUGGACGGGUUCACAAUGGAUCUAUGCUUAGCCACGGAAACCAUGAUGCUGGUAACAGUUACCGGAUUAUUCAAGGAGCUAGAUGGCAAGAAAAAUUCUAUCCGAUACUUCAAUCGAACCUUUCUCAUCGUCCCAGAGGGUGGAGGGUACUGCAUUCGCAAUGAGCAACUGCACAUAAGCCAGCCAACUGAAGAUCAGGAGAAAAAAGCAUUCACUGUGCGACAGAGUCAGCUAUCUAGUUCCUCGACACCGGAACCAUUGUCAUCAGGUAUGUUAGUUGAGGAUGGAAUUAGCGACGAGGCAAAACAACAAAUGACAAUAGUUCUAAGUGAGAAGACAAAGAUGAACUUGGAAUGGAGUUUCAAAUGCUUAGAGGAGGUUCAAUGGGACUUUAAUAACGCUUUGGCAGCGUUUCAAGAAUUUUACACACUUGGUCAAAUACCGCCGGAGGCUUUUUCAACGAAUAAAACGUGAAACUUUGCUUUUCUCCCUAGUGUAUUUCACGUUACCAUUUUUGUCAAAUUUGCCCCACUUGUGUCUAUGACUCCAGCAGCAUUUGACUAGGUACACAUUCUCUCUGCCACACCAAAGGUUUUCAAUCGAGAUUUUACUCUUGGUUGUUUAUCCUUUUCGAACAAACGUGCAGUACCAGGGACGAUUUCAAAACUUUUGAAUUUGAAAUUGUUCGAAAUUUUUUUCGCGAGGAGUUGCGCAACGUAUAAACGUGAUGAGGAAACUAUUUAUUUGCACUGCUUACUUGAAAGUUGAAAAUUAAUGUUACGAUGGAAUCGAGUUGGUUUCCAAACAGAUAUUUCUCACUUAAAUUCUCUCUCAUUUUGCUUUUUUUUCUUCAUCAAAAUACGAUUGUACGUUGCGCCGUAAUCUUCUAUUAUUUAUAAGAAAACUAAUUAUAUUUUGCAAAAAAAAAACACAAAAAAGACAAAGUAGGAAAACUAUAAGAAAUAAAAGUUUCAAUUUUUCGCGAAAUUGCUAUUGAAUAGCUACAUUGUAUAUAUCACGAAUUAUAAGGGAAAUGUAUAUGUUGCGUGUGUGCGUGCGUGUGUGCGUGUGUGUGUGUGUGUCUGCAUAGUAUGCAUAUGUACGCAUACACAACACACACAUAUAGAUAUAUAAGCAAAGAAGUAAAAGAGCAAAAAUUCUGUUCAGUUUACCGAAAUUUCAAGAAAUUCAGAUUAGCUGUGUAACAUGCAGAUCUUUACCUCAAUACCACGUAAAUUUUGUUAGCCAUACGUGUCUUUUCUCUCGAAAAUAUUGACACCUGAAAAAUACCGAAGCUUUUUUUCUUCAAGUCAUCUGAAAUUCAUCGAAUGAACAACAUUUGAAUAGUUGCAAAUCUUUUGUGUCACUUUGUGUACGUUAUAAAUUUAAAAUAGAAUUUCGUCAAAAUCUACUAUAUUAAAAAAAAAUUCUAUGGCAAAUGUGUGUAGAUUAUACUUUGGUUAAAAAACCUUGAAAAACUGUAGGCUUCUAUGGAAUACGAAUCAAAGACACAAUGGAGUAAGAUAGAAGCUACAAUUUUUCUUGUGUUGAUGGUUUGUUCUCUACUAUAUCCCACUAGGGUUUUUAACUAGUGUGACUAUAGUUUUUCUGGUCUCUUGGAGAAAUAAUGGCAAAGUAUCAGCACACUUCAGUGGUAACAAAUUCGCCGACUAAUUGGGUAAAUAUAAAUGAAUUUCACACUAAUUCUGUUCAAUUAUAAGUAUCUGCUUUCACGGAUUUAAAAUAUAAAAUAUAUACAAAAUAUACUAUUCAUAAAAUAUGUAAGUAUUCACUUAUCCUGCAUGGGGAACUCAAUGGUACCUUAAAUCCGUGAAAAAGAGACGCCAGAAAUGAUUGAAUGUCUGAAAUUAAGCAAGACAAAGAUUAAUGGAAAUUCAUAGGUAGAAUAAUCAUGGAAUUAGAUUAAAGCGAUAAUGCGUGUACAGUUGGAUUAUGAUGUAUGGUAAGCAUGAAAUAUCUAUACAUUUCCUUGUACA